UUUCUAUUUCAGCUUUACCAGCAAGGUCGUCUGUGUCAGCUCGGAAGUGAAUUUUGUGAGUUGGAGGUCUUUGCCAAAGUGCUACGUGCAUUAGAUAAAAGACAUCUUCUGCACCACUGCUUUCAAGCUUUAAUGGACCAUGGAGUAAAGGUUGCCUCUGUGUUGGCGUAUUCUUUUAGCAGACGUUGUUCUUACAUUGCAGAAUCUGAUGCCCAGGUUAAAGAAAAGGCUAUUCAGAUCGGCUUUGUUCUUGGUGGCUUCCUCUCAGAUGCUGGCUGGUACAGUGAUGCUGAGAAAGUUUUUCUCUCUUGUCUGCAGCUGUGCACACUUCACAAUGAAAUGCUACAUUGGUUUCGAGCAGUGGAAUGUUGUGUCAGGCUGCUGCAUGUGCGCAAUGGCAACUGCAAAUAUCAUUUGGGAGAGGAAACGUUUAAGCUAGCUCAGAGUUACAUGGAUAAACUGGCAAAACACGGACAACAUGCAAACAAAGCUGCUCUUUAUGGAGAGCUAUGUGCUCUGCUCUUUGCUAAAAGUCACUAUGAUGAGGCUUAUAAGUGGUGCAUAGAAGCUAUGAAGGAAAUCACCAGUGGCCUGCCAGUGAAAGUGGUUGUUGAUGUUUUGAGGCAAGCAUCCAAGGCUUGUGUGGUAAAACGAGAGUUCAAGAAGGCAGAGCAGCUAAUAAAACAUGCAGUAUACUUGGCUAGGGAAAAUUUUGGCCCCAAGCAUCCUAAAUAUUCAGAUACACUACUAGAUUAUGGAUUUUAUCUUCUUAAGUUGACAACAUAUGCCAAUCUGUAGCAAUAUAUCAGACUGCUCUGGAUAUCCGACAGUCUGUUUUCGGAGGUAAAAAUAUUCACGUGGCAACAGCUCAUGAAGAUUUGGCCUAUUCUUCUUAUGUCCAUCAGUAUAGUUCAGGAAAAUUUGACAAUGCACUAUUUCAUGCUGAACGUGCCAUAGAUAUCAUCACACACAUACUCCCAGAAGACCAUCUUUUAUUAGCUUCUUCCAAAAGAGUUAAAGCACUAAUACUGGAGGAGAUUGCUAUAGAUUGUCACAACAAAGAAACUGAACAGAAACUUCUUCAAGAAGCUCAUGACCUUCAUCUUUCAUCACUGCAACUUGCUAAAAAAGCCUUUGGUGAGUUCAACGUGCAAACAGCAAAACACUAUGGGAACCUUGGGAGAUUGUAUCAGUCCAUGAGAAAGUUUAAGGAGGCAGAAGAGAUGCACAUCAAGGCUAUACAGAUCAAGGAACAGCUUCUUGGCCAAGAAGAUUAUGAAGUGGCUUUGUCAGUUGGACAUUUGGCCUCUCUAUAUAAUUACGACAUGAACCAAUAUGAAAAUGCAGAGAAACUUUAUCUACGAUCGAUAGCUAUUGGAAAGAAGUUAUUUGGAGAGGGUUACAGUGGACUGGAGUAUGAUUACAGGGGCUUAAUUAAACUUUAUAAUUCUGUUGGCAAUUUUGAGAAGGUAUUUGAGUAUCACAAUAUAUUGGCAAACUGGAACAGAUUACGAGAUCGUCAAUUUUCAGUCACCGAUGCCCUAGAGGAUGUAAAUUCUUGUCCUCUGUCAACAGAAGAAGUUGUGCAAUCAUUUCUGAUGUCACAGACCACGGAAGGACAAAGCUGUUAA